AGAACACCUGGUUCUCGAAAUUUGUCUCAAGAAGGCGGCCACCAAGACCCCUUUGCCUAAACGAAGUCGAGAACAAGAAGCUCUCGCGAAUGGAGGCGGCGAUCGGCAUCGAGACGAUCAACGCCUUGGUCGCCAUUGUGUGCGUUGCGGCGUUCUUUGUCGCCGCUUCCUCGGUCCGCCGGUGGCGUCGGCGGCGUCGGCAGAGGACGUUCGGCGGGAAUUGUUGCUCCGAGCUCGAGGACAAGCCCCAGAACCGGUUCAAGCGCGUUCUUGCGGACAAUUCCUAUUCCCCCUUCAAGCAUUUCAAGCGGGAGGGCAAAGAGAAAGAAAUAUCUUUAAGGAUGCAUCCCUUUGCAGAUGAAAUUGCUUCUUUGUUAGAGCAUCCUCCUCUUACAACAUUCAUGACAAACCAUGAAUAUUCAGACAUGAGCAAUUCUUAUGUUUGGAUAGAUACAGAGCAUCAGUUAGACUUACUUGCAAGACUACUGAGUAAAGAGAGAGUCUUUGCUGUUGAUACAGAACAACAUAGUCUUAGGUCAUUCCUUGGAUUUACUGCUCUUAUGCAGAUUUCUACUCAAAAGGAAGAUUACCUAAUAGAUACAAUUGCUCUGCAUGAUGCGAUGGGCAUUCUACGGUCUGUUUUUGCUGAUUCUUCAAUUUGCAAGGUGUUUCAUGGAGCUGACAAUGAUGUUCUUUGGCUUCAAAGAGACUUUCAUAUAUAUGUUGUGAACAUGUUUGAUACUGCAAAGGCAUGUGAGAUUUUGUCAAAGCCACAAAAAUCAUUAGCAUACUUGCUUGAGACAUAUUGUGGAGUGUCAACUGACAAAACUUUGCAGCGUGAAGAUUGGAGACUGCGUCCUCUUUCAGCUGAAAUGAUUGAGUAUGCUCGUAACGAUGUUCACUAUUUGUUAUAUAUUGCUGACUGUUUGGUCUCUGAACUCAAGAGAAAAACCCCUGAUCUUUCAGCUUCUCUGGAUGACAAGUUGAAUUUUUUCUUCGAGGCCAGUCAUCGGUCAAACAUGGUCUGCAUGCAACUGUAUGCCAAAGAAGUUGAAUCUACCCCUGGGGCUUCUGCUGCAGCUUCUAUAUUGUCACGAAAUUUGAACAUUGUAGGGAUCACAUCCUGGAGAAGGUUGGAAAUGAAGGAUCUUAUUUGGAUAUUCUGUGCAUGGAGAGAUUUAAUGGUCAGUUCUAUUAUACUCAAAAGAGCCCGAAUUCAUGAUGAGAGCUUACGAUAUGUUAUAUCAGAUCAAGCCAUAGCUGCUCUUGCUGUAAAAGCUCCAAAAAGUCCAACAGAAAUAUAUGAUGUCAUAUUACAUGUUGAUAUAAGUAAUGGUUUAAAUGCUCAUCCUGCCUUACCUUCACCAUCACCUAUUGCCAAGAAUCAUGUGGAAGAUCUUUGCAUUCUCCUACAGGAAAUGAACGCCAAUAUAGAUGAUGUUUUCAGAAGAUUUUGGGACAAGCACCUAGAUCAUGCUCAGUGUUCUCCACUUUCAGCAUACAACUAUGGUCUUCUAUCUGAAAUCAGUCUGAAACAUGCUGGUAUGUCAUUUUCAAAGCCAAGUGUUGAAAAGUUCACUCCAAUGGUUGGCAAAAGAGCCUCCCGAGAGCUUUUUAUUCAGAAAUUCUCUUGCAAAUCGCCAGUAUACCAUAAUUGCAGGAUCUAUGCUAGUGAUGGAAGAUUGCUUUGUUAUUGUGAUCGAAGGAAACUGGAGUGGUAUGUGCAGCGAGAUUUGGCAAGAAUAGUAGAAGAUGAUCCUCCAGCAAUUAUGCUUCUUUUUGAACCAAAAGGCCGUCCAGAGGAUGAAGAUAACGAGUUCUAUAUUCAGAGUAAGAAAAACAUGUGUGUUGGAUGUGGGGAGAAAAGCCACUACAUACGCUACAGAAUAAUACCAUCCUGCUAUAGAAUGCACUUUCCUGAGCAUUUGAAGAGCCACCGUUCUCAUGAUAUUGUUUUGCUCUGUGUGGACUGUCACGAAGUAGCUCAUUCUGCUGCUGAGAAGUAUAAGAAGAAAGUAGCACAGGAAUUUGGAAUUCCUCUUUUUGUGCAAAAAAUUGUUAAUUUGGGAGAAAGCACAGUUGCUACUGUAGCCUCAACAUCAGUGAACCCAACAGAAGAAACAGGUGUCGCUCCUUUGCAGUUACGAACUGCUGCUAUGGCUCUCCUACGCCAUGGAUCCAACAUGCCAUCAGGAAGGCUUGAGGAAUUGACGCAGAUUGUGAAGACAUACUUCGGUCGACAGGAAAUUUCUGCAGAAGAUCUGGAAGCUGCAUUACUUGUUGGCAUGAGUCCUCAUGAGAGAAGACGGUUUGAGAAAAAAAGAGGGUUAUCUUUUAGACAUAAUGAGCAGAAUAUUAUAUAUAAAAAUGAUACAUCAAGUGUUGCACAAACAGCUGAAGAUAAUGACAAAAAUAAUGGUAGCAUGUAUGUUGCCGAGGGAUCAUCGGAAUAUAAGUUUAAGGAUACUGAUAGCAGACGGAGAAGUUUGUCUAAUUCAUCCAUGAUUGAUACAAGCAGUGCCUUGUUACUCAAUAACAAUACUACUGUUGCUAAUAGCAUACAAAUUCUGGAUAGAGUUCAGGAACUUGAACAAGAAAAUGUUUCCAGUAUGAAUGAGGGCAAUAAAAAUGAGAAUCCAUCAGAUGGGGCUAGAAGGAAUCUGAUACCUUCCAUGUCUGAAGUUGCUUCUUCAGGAACUACAAAAAAGGUGUCACUUUUAGGGCACGGACCACAUGGGAAACAUGUUGUAGAGCAUUUACUAUGCAAGUAUGGAGAGGAUGGAAUUCAACAAUUUUGUCAAAGGUGGAGAAAAGUGUUCGUUGAUGCCAUUCAUCCCCGUUUUUUGCCAUACGGUUGGGACAUAAUGCACAGUGGACGUCGAGAUUUUGGCGAGUACAGUGUUUAUAGCCCUGCAAAAAGGGUUGUUCAAGAUGCCAACGUUUUGGACUAGACUUAUCUGCCCAGGUACUUAAACAUUUCUUCUGCACCGGAGAUCUCGGCAGUCUGGUUGGACAUUCUUAAUCUCUAAGUUACGAGGUGAGAGGCUAAAUUGGUCGAGUUCAUUGUUGCAUUGUAUCUUUGUCUUGUUCAAUGGUUAUGACCUUGAUAAACCGUGAUCUGCCUAUGAAAACCUCUUGAGCUUUGUGGUGAUA